CCUGCCCGUCUUUUUGAGCCACUGCGACGUCAGAAGCUCGACUCCGGAAACCGAGCAACCUCACCACCGACCGUCACGUCACCCACACCCACGAUGCGAGGUCCCUCGCCGCUGCUGGGCACCGCCCGGCGCGUCCGCCUCCGGCAUCCGACGACAUUUGUGUGCCGGCAGUGCAGGGCCAUUCAGAUCAGCGCCGCGCCGAGCACCGACAGCCCCCUGGUCGGCGGGGAUGCCUUUGGAGCUCCCGUUGAGGCGGCCAGAGACAUGGCAGACGCGCGGUUUGAAGUUCUCGGCGCGCCGUACUCGAUGCUCUCGGUCACGCUCUCGGCAUCUCAAAAGCUCUACACCAGGCGGGGCACACUCGUGGCCAUGGCGGGAAAGCCUGAUAAUGCGCAAUCGACGCUCUCACUACUCAACCCCGUCACGCGCGCCUUGUUCGGCGUUCCCUUUUUGUAUCAGCGCAUCUCUGCCACGACGCCCAUAACAGCGCUCAUCUCGACCAAGUCGCCGACGACGACAUUUACGGUGCUGCACCUCGACGGAACGACGGACUGGAUGGUAUCGCAGCGAAACGCACUGCUUGCGUGGACGGGACAUACCCUUUCUCUUUCCUCAAGGAUCCAGCGCAGCCUCUCCGUGGCGCAUUGGGGCAGCACACACUUGACGGGACGCGGAUUGGCGGCGUUGUCUGCGCCGGGCCAAAUCUACCAGCUGACGCUGGCGGAGGGCGAGGAAUUCGUUGCCCAUCCGGGCAGUGUGGUUGCGUAUGCGGUGUCGCGGAACGCGCCGCAACCAUUCCGGUUCAAGAGCUCGAGCCUGCGACUCCAGGUGCCGUCGCUCACGUCAUGGAUUCCCGAGUCCACCUUCAUUAAGAACAUGCGCAAAACGGACACGUACAAGUUUGUGGCGCGCACGCUCUUCAGACUGCGCACGACGGCGCGUCGCACCAUCUGGGGCGACCGGCUCUUUCUGCAGUUCAAGGGCCCAGCCACGCUGUUGAUGUCGAGCCGUGGCGUGCGCGUUGCUGACGUGCUGUCGAGCGAGCAGGUCAAUGAGAUUGCCGACGCGCCCGCGGGUGUUUUGCCGCAGGCUCUGGAGCUGCAAGGCAAGGACAAGACGAAGGAGAUUUCCGACGGCGCGGCGGCGUCGACGCCGACUACGACGGAGCAGUCGGCGACCGCAAUCCACGUGGCGUCGGUGCGGCGCGACGGCAAGGUGACGUUUGAGGACGUCAAGGACCUCAAGGAAUUUGUGCGGUGACCGAGUUCGUUGCCAGCGGCGCGGCAUGAGACAUGAGAGUAGUACCUACAACUUCAAUGUUUUGUGGGCACGGCGGCUGUGGGCGAGAGCCAGCCGCGCUGCGACAACCGGCGCGCGUGGGGCGGCAAAAGACCGAAGACGAGCGGUGAUGAAUUGCCCGUCUGAGUAGAGAAGCAAAGACACACGCCGAUUUGUACAGUAUAGCAGCAACUAGAAAUUCGGAUCCGAAGGGACAAGCACUGGCGCGCCACUUGGCCCGAUCAGCCUACAUCGGUCUCCGUUGGCUGCUCCGUCACUCGUGCUGACCAGGUCGGGUGCGCGGCGCGUGCAUCCUCAACACGUGAACAUGUGCGUCCGAUCGUUCAUCAUCAUCUCGCUUCUGCAUCUACCGGCGAGGCGUCAUGCCGUGUCGGGAGGCUGUACGCCAGGCGGCGAGACGGCAGUAUCAAAAAUUCAGUCAGCAGUGUGUCGUGGAAGCGAGCUGCACGGACUUUACGACCGCUGACACCUU